AUGUGUUUGUUGUGUGGUGUUGAGGAUUGUUGUUUGAUCUUGUGGGAUAAAACAUGUGAUGCAACAUGUAGGAUCGGAUGUAAUUUAUUGUGUUGUAGAUAUCGGUGGUGUCCAGGAUAUGCCAUUUGUAAUGAAGAUGACCAGGAUGAUGAGAAGGAUGACGACCCUUCAAAAUCGGAAGAGGAUAAGAAGAAAAUUAAAAAGGAAAAGAAUAUGAGAUAUAAUAGAGAUUUAGAAAAGAUGGUUUAUUUAUUAAUUUUAUUAGGAUUUUUCUAUAUGGCUUUGAUGCCGCUAGUGAUUAGUUAUUACUGGAUUGACAUUUUCCGAAUUUUUGAAAAUUCAUCGAGUCCGACCCACAAAUAUCCACUUCUUGAAAUUUACUCGAGUUUGGGAACCCAGAAAUUUGAGAAUUUAAAUAUUAUGAAUGCCAGUUGGGUAUUUUGGAUGUAUUGUUUAUGCUGGUUCUUGAGUUAUGCGAGCUAUGAAUAUUGCAAGCGGUCAAAUCCAGGACGAGUUUUUGUUGAGGGCGACGAGAAAAGAAUUGGAUACAUUUCAAGAAGGGACGCAAUUGUAGUUGACAUUUCCAAUGAAGCAUCCACUAUUUCAUGCAAAGCAGAGAACCCUAAAGAGAGCUCCAACUCUGAAACACAUUCUCCAACAAGCGAUGAAUCGAAAAACACUCUAAGAAAGAGAGUAGGUAACAAAAUUUCCUCAGACAAUGAAAAAGAGAGUGACAAUGAUACUACAGCUCAAGAUACAGCAACAACCAGUACCACUCCUGUUGCAAGCAAUUCCGCUCCUGAAAAAGAAGAAACAUCACCUCCUCGACAACCAGAGCUCCCAAUACGGUCCAAGUUUUGUUCAAGGUGUGGUCAUAGAACGGCCAAAUAUGACCAUCACUGUUUGUGGAUUUCGAAUUGCGUUGGAGAGAAGAAUCAGCUUGUUUUUAUACUCUUUUUGAUUGCCAUGAUCAUUCAAACAGCUCUAUGCUUGUGUUUGGUUUUGUAUUUAUUUUACUUGUGCAUUCAUGAGGUUACGCAUAGCUUUAAUUUAGCUUACGAAUUAGAGUCAAAGAAACGAACUGCUCUCAUGUACGGAAAAUCUGUUUCAGAGUUGUGGAGAGAUGCACGGUCAUUGGAGUUGCAAGAAUUUCUCAAACAUUUUGAUCCAAUUUUGCAGGUUUCAACCGUAUUCUUUUUCUUAUUGAAUUUAGGAAAUUUAUGCUUGUCAGGUUUAGUGUUUGCGUUUGUCUCGUUCAUGACAGGAGUUCAGGUGUACAUGAUCAGUAACAACAAGACAUCAGUUGAGUAUUUCAGUCCUGAAAAGUAUCAAUAUGCACCUCCGCCAUCAAAGGAGCCAGUGACGUGCCUGUCAAAUUGGAAACUGUUUAUUUCACAAAUUUUCAAGCCAUCUCAUCAAUUUGUAACGUACUAA